UGACACUUUACUCUUCUCAGAUUUUCAUGAAUUUUUGGUGUAAGUCAAGUGUAAAUAAUUGAUUUUCUUGGUCAGCAUUGAGGCUCAAUACCGAUUUUCUCUGUAUUUACUAAUGCAAAUAGAAAAUUUGUAAGAAAUACAAGAUUUUUCAGUGUUGUUCUAGCUAAUUGAUGACAUAACCUUAAAAGAAUAAACUUGGCUGUGAUUGUUGCUUGAAAUAGUUACCGGCAAAUAAAUAGAUCUGCUACCACUUCUAAAGUUGUACCUAACUUAGUAUUAAAUAUGGGAAAGGACGAAACUUCUGCAAAAAAGCGUCGUAAAAUAAACACAAGUGUAUCGAUUGAAAAUACGAAACAAGAGCCCGUUGAUAUUUACAAGAAAGUUGUAGAGUUUGAAGAAGCUGAAGCUCAGCUUAGGCCUGCAGAGAAAGACGCAACAAUUUUCAGAAAGAUAUGUCAUGAUGUACGACAACUAUUCUCAGAUAUAGCAGAUCUGAAAUCAAAGGGAAAUGAUGAGGCCAAAGAUAAAAUUGCUGCAAAGAGAAUAGAAGCUUCACUUCUUUUAGUAGCAUUAAAGAAGCUUAACAGAUUAGAGAAGGUACGCACAAGAGCCGGGCGAGAUGCACUGAAUAAGGAGAAACAAAGGGUGGACUCAACUCAUCUAUUACUUCAAAAUCUCUUGUAUGAAGCUGAUCAUCUUAAUAAAGAAGUAACAAAAUGCUUGCAAUUCAAAUCUAAAGAUGAAGAAAUAGAACUUGUUCCUCUUGAAGACUUUUAUAAAGAAGCACCAGCAGAAAUUGCCCGCCCGGAAUUGACAAAGACUGACACUCAUCAACUUCAAUUAGCGAGACUUGAAUGGGAACUGCAUCAACGCAGGGAACUGUCCGGGGCUUGCAAUGAGCUAGUUGCCUCCAAAGAACGAGUAGCUGCUGCUAUUGCUGCGGCCAGGUCCAGAUUGGAUGCUCUCUCACCGCACUUACGAGAUGUACUCAAAGCUACAAAGCCUCUACAAGAGUGCUUGGCUCUGAGACUUGAUGAGAAACGAGAUGAGGCUAGAGCGGCUGCACUAUUGCCAUCACCUUUGUUUUUGUUAUAUGCUAAUGCUACUGCAUAUUCUGAUGUUCUUGGCACAGCAGUAGUGUCUGUUGCAAUAUCAGGUGAUGAAGAUGAAGCAAGGAGAUUGGAUCAGACAAGUAACAUAAACAGUGAACUUGUCGUAUCAAAUGAUUCGGAUUCUGAUCAGGAUAACAAUGAGGAAGAACAAAGGGAGAAAAAGAAACGUCAUCAUAGAAAUGCGAAAAUAAGUAAAGAGGAAAAAGCUGAAGCAAAACGCAAGGAAGUAUUAAGAAAACAUCCAUUAAGUAUUCAGCUAACAAUAAAGGUACCAGAUGGCAAUGCUAUGAAUUUAAUUUAUUCAUACCUAUUGCACCUCAAAAUUGUAGUGGUUAAAUUCACUAUGUCUCUGUUGAAACCUAUCACUGGGGUUUCUGCAGCAGAUGUCCUGAAUGGGGACAGUAUACUUCAUGAAUUGUAUCCUCAAGAUAAUGGUAAUGACUCACCACAUCCAGCCACUACCUAUUUAUUGAAUGCUGCUGGUGUGACUCAAGAGUUUCAGCACUUUAUACCUGAAGUCGGUCGACCCUAUAUAUGGGCCCAAAGAAUGUGUGGCUUAGAUUUUAUGUCAGUUGUGGGUGAAGAUCAGAAAUUCAGUAAACCUGUUCAACCCUGCCAGAGCCUAAGUGUGGCAACUGUGGAAAACUUCAUCUUCACCUUAAAAAAGAGGUUGACAUCAAGAAUGGAAUUAGUUAGGGAACUACAAGAUCUUGAAUGUGGCAAAAUAUUACCAGUGAAGGAGAUGGGACCCAGUAGACUUUUGGGCUCCUUGACUCAAUGGCAGUCAAUCGGUUGGCAAGAAUACUGUCAGGCUCCUUCCACAUCAUUUUUGAUAUCUGAAGGUUUGGUCAACUCCGAAAAUAUGCUUUACAGGGCAAUUAUUACUCGACAAUCUGCUAAGCUAGUGGCUCUUGUAGCUGUAAGCUGUGACUAUCCAAAGACUGCACCCUUAUUUUCUCUCACUCUGCACUGGAAUGGCACUCAUCAUGGUGGAACAAACGAUGAUAUCAGGGACAUUGAGAGAAUUAUCAACACUAAUUGUGGAAUCAAGGAGAACAUGCCUAACAUGUUGUCUGCACAAAUCACUAAAUUACUAACUUGUCUGGAUAUACUGCUGGAAACUACAGGAACCAGUGAGUUCCCCCCAGAUAAAAUUAUGAUUCAAGCUGUUCGUGGUCGUAACAGAAUGAAGCCAUACAAGUAUUUAAAUCAAGGCACUGGUAUGUUCAUACAAUAUUAGAUGAAUAAGAAAUGUUUGAGUGUCUCAUUAAUUAAUAAAUUAAAAGAACUUUAAUACUAA